GUUGCUGAAUAUCUGGGUAUCGACGAAACAGGCUGGCAGGUGUGGUCGAAUUUAGUCGAUGGAAUGUUCUAUGUGGACUGCUUCAUCUACUUCUUCUGCAGCUUCCAAGAUGAGCGUGGGCGGGAGGUAGACUGCCUGCCACGAAUCAUAUAUCGCUAUGCCACGGGCAGCUUCCUCGUGAACGUUAUGGCCAGUCUUCCUGAUUCGGCAGCUGGCGAGAUGAUGAAGGUGGUCAGUGGCCAGGAAGGCUCCGACGGAACUAGCGCCCAUCAAGCGGCGAGGACGAUGCGAUUGCAGAGAGCCUCGCGUUUGUUCCGCCUGGCUCGCAUUGGACGGCUGGCGAAGCUGACCGCCAUGAAGUCGAGCCCACUGUGGAAGUGGUUGCAGACUCUCCGUGGAGUGCGCAUUAUCAACGUCUUGGUUGGUCUCUUCUUCUCUGUUCAUCUGCUGGCCUGUGGCUGGUACAUGUGCGCAUCGCUGCACGCAGAUGUGGAGUCAACCUGGUUGGCACGGAGAAUGGUGGACGCAGAUGGCACGAAGAGUCUACUGGAUGAGAGUGAUCCUGGUCUUCAAUGGCUCCAUGCCAUGUACUUCAUUCUCACGGUGUUCACCACUGUAGGCUUCGGUGACAUUGCUGCAGUCACACCAGGUGAAAUCCUGUAUGUGGUCUUCACUUUCCUCAUCGGUGCCGUGGUGCACAGUAUCAUUAUUGGAGAGGUGAUUGCCGCGGUCACCCGCGUCGACGAGCGGGGACAGUUCAUCACCGAACAACGGGGCCUGCUGGAGCGUUUCGCGGCCCACACGGAGCUCGGCGAGGAUUGCGUCAUGGAGCUCCAGAACUGGGUAAAUACUGAGGCCGUGCGCUGGAUGAACCAGAAGUACGAUAAGGAAGCUGUGCGGGGCUUGCUGACUGGCAGGCACAUGGCGCGUCACAUUAUGAACAUGUUGCCUUGCAAGCUCUUCAAGGGCCAGUUCGCAACGAACCGCUUCUUCCUGAACUUGCCGCCGAGGUCCGAUUGCCAGGGUCUGUUUCUCGUCCUGUUUCUGGGAAGUUUGGUGGCGCAAGUGGUUGCGCAGGUGGUGGCGGUGCGGCGGUGGGUGCUGCUGCUUUUGUUGCUGUCGUCACGGCGGAUUUUUAUCAUCCUCGCCGUCGUCGUCGCCAUCACUGUCGACUUGGUCGUGGCAGACCCUGUCAAU